GGAGUCUCAAAACCUAUAUGUUGAGAGGGUUUAGGUGGUAUUCGAUGGCGUCUUCAAAGAAGGUCACUCUGAUCAGUUCUGACGGAGAGCGGUUUGAGGUUGAUGAGGAGAUUGCGUUGCUGUCUCAGACCGCCAAGCAUAUGAUCGAGGACGAGUGUGUCGAUGGCGGUAUCCCUACUCCCAACGUGACGAGCAACAUUCUGGCGAAGGUAAUCGAGUAUUGUAAGAAGCACGUGGAGUCGUCCAAGGCUGAGGAUCGCAGUGCCGCCGAGGAGGAGCUUAAGGCCUGGGAUGCCGAGUUAGUGAAAGUGGACCAGGCAACACUCAUCGAUAUCAUAAUGGCUGCAAAUUAUCUAAACAUCAAGGGGCUCUUUGACCUGACUUGCCGAACAGUGGCGGACAUGAUGCGGGGAAAGUCUACGGAGGAAAUCAGGAAGAUAUUUCAUAUCAAGAAUGACUAUACCACCGAGGAGGAGGAAGAGGUUCGCAGGGAGAACCAGUGGGCAUUCGAAUGAAUUCUUGGGUUUUGAGAGAAUGUUAUAGGCAGUAGUAGACUGCUUUUAGUUGAAGUUAUAUACUUCCACCUAUCUCUGUAGGUGUAUUUGGAAAUCAAUUGCAAGUGUUGAUGUCAGUUGGUGCAAUGGUGUUGUGGAGUUAGUCGAUUUAUCAAAUGGCCUAACUUGACGUC